UGGAGUUUUUAUACUGUGAUUUGGCUUCCAUGAAGUCUAUACGGCAAUUUGUGCAGCGGUUUAGAGCAAAGAAUUGUCCACUCCAUGUCCUGGUGAAUAAUGCUGGGGUGAUGCUGGUCCCUGAAAGGAAGACGGAGGAUGGGUUUGAGAAGCAUUUCGGCUUGAACUACUUGGGACACUUCCUGUUGACUAACCUCCUCUUGGAUACGCUGAAGCAAUCAGGAACGCACAGUCACAACGCUAGGAUCAUCACUGUCUCAUCAGCCACCCAUUAUGUAGGCAAAUUGCACCUGAAUGACUUACAAAGCAGAUGUUCGUAUUCACCCCAUGGAGCCUAUGCCCAAAGCAAACUUGCCCUUGUGUUAUUUACCUAUCGACUACAGCAUCUUCUGACUGCAAAUGGAAGCCAUGUGACUGCUAAUGUAGUAGACCCUGGAGUAGUGAACACUGAGCUCUACAAGCAUGUCUUUUGGGUUGUAAAAGUGGCCAAAUGGAUGACAGCCUGGCUAUUUUUCAAG